AUGGCCGACCGACCCCAACAACCCGCGCGUCCAGCUCGCGAACGUAAAGUGUCGCCUGUCAAAACUGGUUACCUUGUCCUCUACAAUGCCGUUUCGACCAUUCUCUGGGCCACCAUCUUGGGACGCGUCUCGCUAGUCGCUUCUGUGCAUGGCACGAAAUAUGUUUUUCCUGCUGUGGGAGAGUUUGCAAAGUGGACCCAAACUUUGGCUCUGCUGGAGGUCGUGCAUGCUGCCCUUGGUAAGUUUGCGUAUUCCUUGAAAUUGUGGUUUGGCAAGAGAUGGAUCGGAGCAAGUGGGAGGAUGAGGAAGAAGAAGGCGAUGGCUAGGAAGAGCAAGGAGAAACAGAAGGGUGAAGAUUGUAGAGCACUGAAGAGACACAAGAGGCACAAACUACACUGGCAGUCUUGA